AAUGAAUUAGAAAACACUGACACACAAAUGCAAGAUGCUUGGAGCAGUUCUAACAACAACAAUGACUCUACUUUUAACUCCUUGGAAGUAAGCUUGUAUGGAAGCCUCAAUGCUCUGUCAGAGGAAGUAAGACACCAGAGUGUGAGCGUCAACGUUAGAGAGUCUGUAUCCAAUAUUCCACUUGAAGAGAUGCCAACUCAUGUUUCAGAUGCAGUUCCUGAUGAAGGACAGGAACCAACAGAGAGCUCCAAAAAUCAAACGUCAGAAGCAAGGCAAACACUGUUCUCUGAGGAUGUCUGUGGCACCUCAGCUGAAACUGAAAUAAACGACGAUUCACCAGAAAAAGCUGAGUCAAAAUGUCAUACGAGUAUAGAAUGCCAGCCAGUCAGUCCAGAGAGUGGAAUGUUUUCUUUGCUACAGGGAUCCUUUGGAUCCUUCACUCCUACAUGCAAACCUGAUUACAGCCAACAAAGAAGAGCUUCUGAAGACAAAGUUAAAAAUGUUUGUCAGUCAGAGACAGUGAUGGUGAAGCCUCAGACGGAAGGCCAAAGACAAAAUGAAGUCUGUCAUGUAUCUGACAGAAUUGUAGAUCAACCAAAGACUAAAGAUGCCUUCAGUGGACAUCCGUGUGUUGAGUGUAACUCAGGGGAAGAGGAAGAGGAAAAAGUGGGGGGAAAUGCAAAAAACAGAGGUGAAGGAAAAAAUAAGAAGAAAAAGGGGAACAAAUCUCUCUCUGCACAGAAAGACCCCGAGCACUUUGGCUGUCAAACGCCUAAGGGGGGAUUUUGCACAGAUUCUCCAACUAAUACAAAGAAAGGGAGGAGAGGCAAGCAGAACAAACAAAGGGAAUCUCAGUCAGACAGUCAUGCUGACUCCAACCUUGGAAAUAUUGAUGAUCCAAAGAAACCCUUUUGUCCAUUAAAUGCCGCAGCAGACGAAUGGCCAAAGGGGAUCGCUAACGGUUCUAAAAUCCAGACGGUCCACAAUGCAAACAACAACUUGUCAUCAUCAGACUCUCAACAGGGAAAAUCUGCAACGGAUAAAGUCACUUCUGCUUUACAGAUUCAGAAAGUUGUUAAUUCUUGCCCUGAUGUCAAAAGUCUGUGCCAUGGACACAGCAGCUCUGCUGUGUGUACCACAGAUAACCUCAAUAUUGUGAACGCAAUAGACCAAGACUUACAACAGAAAGAAGAAGUGCUUGAUAACAGACCUUUGUCUGUUAGUCACAGAGGAAUCACAGACAUUAACGACAACAAUAUAGAUACUAACCCUGACACAUCCGCCCACAGCAACACAGAAUACUCCCUGAACCCCCAUUCAUCCACAGCGUCUCCUAUUUCUUCCUCUUCGUCAUCCUCUUCUCUACCUUGUGCCUCAACAGAGCCAGAAAAUGAUCUUCCUACACCUGUGCAGGAAUCCCAACCUGUUCUCUCAGCUCAGCAGCAAUCCUCACCGUCCACGUGCCACACGAACCCCGCCUUUUUCUCCAUCUCCUCCAAGACCCAGGCAGCUGCUCGUUCAGGAUAUCCUGACAGCUACUUUCAAGACUUCACCGACAUCCUGUCCACGUCAGCUACACCUACCACAAGUGUCUCUACACCCUCACUGUCCACUGCCAUGCCGUUAAGCUUGUUCCAGGCCAACCAGAGGUCCCUUUCACCCGGAUCAGGGACUCAGGAGUCUUGCCCUCAAAGCCAGUCAUAUUCACAGAUUCAGGCGAAUGUCGGAAUCCCCCCUCAGAAGCAAAUCAAACAAGUUCCCACGUGGAGUCCCCAAGGCAGGUGCAGAGGUCCGUGCCUGGCUGAAGAAGAGACUGACAGUGAAGAUGAUUGUGCACCACCUCGACACAGUCAGCGGUCCCAGCCCAGAGGAAGCAGAAAUGGAUCAUUUCACAACGUCUGUGGUCCCAACAAUCAGCAGGAAACUCAGUCCUUCUCUUCCCGUCACCUCUCUGACAGACACUCAGGCUGUCCAGUCAGCCACGGCCUCAGCAUUUCUGAAGAGAUUGAUCUGUCAUUCAAAAACAACAGUUCAAUCCUGGCUUCCUGUAAUGAGUCUGAGAGUGAAGGGUCAGUGCCUGAGUUAGAAGAGCCAGAGCCAAUGAGACCAUCUGAGCCACAGUCCAUUUCCUCUGCAGAUGAAGGAAUGAACAGACCAAAACAGAGCCGCAGUGAGAAAAAGGCGCGAAAGGCCAUGUCUAAACUGGGUCUGAAGCCAGUCCACGGUGUGACCAGAAUCACUAUUAGGAAGUCCAAGAGUAUCCUGUUUGUCAUCAGCAGACCUGACGUAUUCAAAAGCCCUGCAUCAGACAUCUAUAUCGUAUUUGGAGAAGCAAAGAUCGAAGACCUGUCUCAGCAGGCUCACAAAGCCGCUGCAGAAAAAUUCAAGGUGCCUGUGACUUCCUCUCCUUUAACCCCGCCUGUCCCACCCAGCCUCACCAUCAAGGAGGAGAGUGAGGAGGAGGAGGAAGAGGUGGACGACGGAGGUCUGGAGCAGAGAGACAUCGAGUUGGUGAUGGCUCAGGCCAACGUGUCACGAGCCAAGGCCAUCCGUGCACUAAAACACAACAAGAAUGACAUUGUCAACGCUAUCAUGGAGCUGACCAUGUGAGCGAUGAGGACAGUGUCACAUCCGACGACUCCCCUUUUCCAGCCUAAAAAGCCUAAAUACUACUGACUCUUCUGUAUCGCUGCUAAUGUAUGUUGCAUCCUCCCCUCAAUAUCUGCUAAAUAAAGUCUGUUCUGAUGUCGGCUCU